AUAUUGGCGGUAAUGGCGUAUACAAGACAUCACCGUGAAUUAGAAAACACUAAAGAAGAAUUCUUAAGACGAACAAAGCAAACCAUCAAUGACUGUAUACGUUUAUCAGCCACAGAUAACCUUGAAGCAGAAACCAUUGACAGCAUUGUUUUAAGAAUCGAGCGCGUUGAAAGAAAUCUUGUCAGAGGCAUUGGCGUUGUGUUGUCACAAGAAGAAACUGGGCCAAUUUUAGAAGAGACUCGGGAAAUGCUGAAAGAUUUUGAGCAGCUAAGGGAGGCAUCAGGUUUAGGUCAUUCUAGCUAUAGACCUGGAAAGAUCAGACUUGGCAGAUGUGGAGCUCCAAGAUACGACGUGUCCAUGGAACAAUUAGAAUUCUUG